CUCGGACUGCACUCCGUGUUUUCACUGGAGUUAUGGUUUAGCUGCCAGUGGCAACAGACAAUACGAGGAUUAUUGGAUUCUUGAUGGCGUUGAUUCUGGCUUCUCGGCCUUUAUGCCGCCAUCCCGUCCCCCACUCUGACCCCGCUGGAUGCGACCGAUCGUGAUGCCAGCGGGGUAGAAAUGAUCCGUCGCGACGCAAUUUGAAAAAGAUAAAACUAAUCAUUGCUGUCAUCUGGUCUGUUGGGAUCUUCUGCUCCUUCUAACUCUUCAUACAUUUCUUCACUAGCUACACCAUGUCCAAAAUCGCCUCCACCUUUUCGCGCCUUGUGCGCUUCGUCCCCAAGUCGAACCCGGCCAGUGUCUUGAUCGGUGAGCCUGUUGACCCUCAGCUCGACGUUGGGUUGGCUCUCUUCCAGGGCAAGGAGGUUUCCGUCCGGCCAUUCUCCGGAUCAUCAGUCUUGAGCCCUGGCCAGCAGACCGGUGUCACUGAGACCAUUGAGCGCAUUCUCUCUCCCUUAGCCCAGAGUGAAGUUGGAUCAAUCAGAUGCAUUGGUUUGAACUAUGUAUCGCACGCCGCAGAGAUGAAGCUGUCUAUCCCAGAUGUGCCGACUUUGUUCAUCAAGCCCUCGACUGCCCUUGCAGACCCCUGGCCAGCUCCCACUAUCAUCCCCAAGAUCACACAGGCCGACAACACUGGCGAUUAUGAGUCGGAGAUGGUCAUCGUGAUCGGCCGUGACGCAAAGGACGUCAGCGAAGCCGACGCCCUCGACUAUGUUCUUGGUUACACUGCUGCCAACGAUGUUUCCAGCCGCACAUCACAGAUGAACCAGAGCCAAUGGUGUUUUUCCAAGGGUUUUGACACCUCGUGCCCGAUUGGUCCCACUUUGGUGUCUGCUGCGCAAUUAAAAGAUGCCAGCCAGUUCAAGAUCCGUGGAUUGAAGAAUGGAAAAGUCCUGCAGGACUGCCCCUUGACCGACCUCAUCUUCAACGUACCCAAGCUGAUCAGCUUCCUCACACAAGGCACCACCCUCCCCGCCGGAACCAUCAUCCUGACCGGCACUCCCCCGGGCGUUGGGGCCGCAAAGAACCCCAAGGAGUUCUUGAAGGCCGGCGAUGACUUUGCGGUGGAACUGCUUCCCCAUGUGGGAACUUUGAUUACAAAGUUCGAGAACCAGGCAUAAUUUGAUGAAAAAUGGACAUGAAUGGCAUUGUUUUGUGUAUCUGUUUAUACCAUAUAGAGUGUUUAAGUAGAACUUGGAUAUAGUAUUUUCUUGUUCAUCUUGCAUACCAACAUACAUCCACUCAAGAUGACAUCCCCACAUCGCUAUUCCCACGGCCAAACUGCUCUGGGUACGCCGUAAUUCCGUACGGCCUCGUACAGCGCAAAAAACCAGAACAUCAACAAAACACCAAAAAAGUCCAAUUCAAAAAUAAAAGAAAAACAUGUCUCUUACCCCAUUAUGCAAAUUAAGGAGCCCUUGAUAUGCUAGGGAAACAGCCGACGACCACAAACA